AUGACUGGAGCAGCCUAUAAACAAAUUUUAGCCCAAAAUUUGAGACAAUCUGCUAUUGAAAUGGGACUUGAUGAAUUUAUCUUACAGCAAGAUAAUGAUCCCAAACACACUUCUAAUGUAGUAAAAGAUUGGUUGGAUGAAAAGAAUAUUGAUGUAUUAUCUUGGCCGUCAAAAGUUCAGAUAGGAACCCUUUUGAACAUAUUUGGGUAUACAUGA